AGUGUGCACAAAUGGGCCAAUAGGUUUUAGGUACCCAAUGACAGCAAAUGAUUGUGAUAAAAUUUAAGUUAUUAUAUUUAUUAAUUUUAAUUUAAUAAAUAAAGAAUUCAGAAAUGUCUUAUCCAAAGCCUCUUUUACAAGAUUUAUCGUUGAAAGAACUUAAAGAUGCUUCUGAUUUUAGUAAAGAAGUUUGUGAAAUAAUUGCAGAGUUAUCAGGCGUAAAAAUUAUAUUUGAAGGUGCCAAGUCACCUGGAAAACAGCUCCUCAAGUGCCUAGACCGUGCAGGACGUACCUAUGACCAAUACACAGGUUAUUUGACCUUAGUAAAAAAAGAAUCGUACUAUAGACCUCAAUCAAAAGUAGCAUUACUUAUAGCAAAUGAAAAAUAUGAGCAUUUGUCCACAUUGGUAACCCCUUCCAUAGAUUGUGAGUCAUUGGGGAAAAGUUUAAGAGAAUUGGGAUUUAUUACAGUACUUGUAAAUAACACUAAAAGUGGCAUUUUAAAAGAAAUACUAAUCAAAACACUUCAAUUGAUACCAGAAAGUUCUUACUGUUUUUUAAUCUAUGCUGGACAUGGCUGUGAGCUUAUCAACACAAAGUGCUUAUUAAGCACUGACUGCCCCUCUGAAAACAUUGAGUUUAACCAUUGUGUCACUGAAAACUGGCUACUGAGAGAAUCUGCUAAAUGUAAGCCAGAGUUGUGUGUACUGAUUAUGGACAUGUGCAGAAUUAAUUUAGAUAGACAAUCAAAUCCACAAAUCUACUCAGCCAUUCCAAAUUUAGAAGAGUACACAAUACAUAGUAACUUAUUAAUCAGUUAUUCAACACAAUCAUCCAGUGCUGCGUAUGAGUGUGUUUUGAUAGAGAAGGAGGAGACCAUUGGGGUAGCUUCAUACUCUCUGGACUCUGCUGAUGUUGUACGUGGUGGAGUCAGUCAAUAUGUGGAUGCUCUCUGCAGCAGGUUGAAUGAAAAUGAUGUUGAUAUAAGUUUGAUGUUGGAUAGAGUUCAUGGAGAUGUGGAGAAUUCAAUAAAGCCCCAGAGACCCAUAAAGGUGCAGUGUGGUGUUUCAAAAAGAUUCUUAAGUGAUCUAGUGAAGGGAGAUACAAAAGAACUUUGGUCAAUUUUAAGAGGGGCUUUAGAAAAGUACAAUGAACACUGUACUGUUUCAAUGUAGCGGAAGAAAGAAAAAAUUAAAUCAAUUUAUCUCAACUAAGUAAAACAUAUUUCAGAACUGAAGUUAAAACAUUCCAUUCUUAUGAUGGAGGCAAGUCAAGCAAUAAUUCUUUAAAUCUGUUACAAUGGCUGAUUACAGAAUAUGUUUACAAAAAUAAACAAAUCCCUCCAAACCAAAGGAGAUUAAUAGGCUAAUAAUGAUGUUGUUACAGUAAUGAAGUUCUAAAAGAAUCCAGUUAAAUAUUGUUGAUUUUUAUAUAUUUUAUAAGUUGUAUAAAUCAUGAAAGAUGAAAAUAAAACAUGAAA